UACCCAGUGCCCAGCUUUGGCAGCGUACCUAGGGAACUACACACAAGACAACGUCCAGAACCCAAGACUUCAUCAUCCAUCACCGUUGCCAUGUGUGGGGAGCCAAAAAUGGACAAUGCAACGCCCUGGAAGAAGGCUUCCAUGCGGGCUGCCCAACGGGGCAACCCGGGCCAUGUUCACCUGUAGACAGAGAGGGAGAGCAUGGAACUGGCCGUACCAGCCACCAGUGCUAUCACCGUCGAUCUGGUGCCCUCUCCACUUGUCGCGGGGAUGCCAUACCGCCUCCCUGUCAGCCCAAACGUGCCAAAUGUCACGCGCGAUUGGCCUAUCUCUGGCUUGAUAGGCAGCUGUCUGCGCCGGCCGCCAGCGUUACAUGGGCCCUGCGUGCUCGCGACGCCGAACAGGACGGUACAGUAAUCCUUUGACAUCGCUUUGAAGAGGCAUCCCGGCCCUGCCUCUCGUUAGGCGGCCCACAGCUGCCACAAAGCUACGCCGCAUGCAACCUGCUAUAGGCUUCGUCGCCCGCUCAUUCACCGUUGGAUAGAUAGCUACUUGCUACAUGGUCGUAUCCAAUCCGACCCCAAGGCCGUUGGACGUAACCUUGAUCCGAGUGCCACUGCCCUAACCGGAAUAUACAUACAUAAACCGCCUACCGAUGCAAUAUUUUGCUGAUCUGCCCUCUUUAACUCUUCCUCCCUCUCACCUUUCGUCCCAUCUCCCUCUUCCCCAUCUGCAGCUUUGACACCGCUGCCUCUAAUUGUCGUUCGUGCAUCCCCUCUGCACCUCGACUUCGCCAUGUCAAUCCAGAAAGGCACAGAUCCCGAGAUGGCCAAAGAUGGCCUCGAGGUCACCGCCUCUCACUCUUCCUCCAGGGACCACGGCCCUGCUGUGCGUGAAGGUACGACAGACCACCUGCCUUCUUUCGAGCAUGAAAAACGACUCGCCUUGAAGAUGGAUCUGCGCUUGCUUCCCGUCCUGGCCGUCAUGUAUCUAUUCAAUGCUCUUGACAAGGGCAAUCUGGGAAAUGCAAAGACGGACCACAUGGACAAGGAUUUGGGCUUCAAACCCGGACAGUACAACACCAUGCUGAGUAUCUUCUUCGUUCCCUAUGUGCUUUUCGCACCGCCGAUUAGUAUGUUGGGUAAGAAAUUUGGUCCUCAUCGCGUGCUGCCAAUUCUCAUGCUCUGCUUUGGGUCCAUGACGCUACUGGCUGCGAGUGUGAAGAACUGGAGUGGCUUGAUGGCUUUGCGAUGGUUCCUGGGAAUGUCCGAAUCUGCCUUCUUCCCACUGGUCAUCUAUUAUCUCACAACAUUUUACCGCAGAGGAGAGUUGGCGCGUAGACUCGCCAUCUUCUACGCUGCCUCCAAUAUUGCAAACGCUUUCUCUGGUCUCUUCGCAUUCGGUGUCUUCCACAUUGAGUCAAAACUUGAAGCAUGGCGCUACCUCUUCAUCAUUGAAGGAGCUGCCACCGUCCUCUUUGCCAUCUUCGCAUACUGGUACCUACCCAAGACGGCAUAUGAAGCGUGGUUCUUGACCGAGGAGGAAAGACAACUAGCAUACACUCGUAUCCAGAUCGAUUCCUCUGCCGUCGUAGGCGAGAAGUUUGUGCUCAAAGACGCGCUGCAGAUCCUCAAGCUCCCCUCUUCUUGGGGAUUCCUCGCCAUAGAAGUCUGCCUCGGUGUCCCCCUUCAAUCGGUCUCCCUCUUCAUGCCGCAGAUCGUCCAAGCGCUGGGCUACAGCACCAUCAAGACCAAUCUCUACACCGUCGCGCCCAACAUUGGUGGUGCCUGCAUGCUUCUCAUCCUCGCCUUCGCAUCCGAUUACACGCGUCUGCGUUUCCCCUUCAUCGCGCUCGGUUUCUUACUUACCUUCAUCGGCUUCAUCCUUUUCGCAACUCAGGAUGUAUACAACGACCACGUAGUCGGCUACUAUGCCUGCUUCAUGAUGACUUGGGGCACUUCAGCACCUUCAGUCCUUCUUUCGACCUGGUACAACAACAACAUCGCCGACGAGGGCCGCCGUGUCACGCUCACCUCCAUUGGUGUUCCGCUCGCCAACCUUAUGGGUGUCGUCAGCUCCAACAUCUUUCGCGACAAGGACUUGCCCAAGUUUAUGCCUGCGCUCAUUACCACUGCGUCGUUUGGCGCCGCAGGCUUUGUGAUUGUGCUGUGUUUGGGAUCGUUUAUGAUUUUCGAUAACGCGAGGAGGAACAAGGCCCAGGGCGUCAAUCUCGCCGCGAGAGAUGUGAGCACGGAGAAAUUGAGGGACGGACCCAACAGUCCUGAUUUCAGAUGGUUCUUGUAA